CUCUGCGCGAGUCACCUUCGGCAUGACAUUGUCAUCCAAAUAUAAGUUGGUCAUGAUUGAGUAAAAAGAGAUAAUUCAUUAAUAGAAUUCAUAACUAAUAUACAAUAUUCCAUUUUUACGCGCACACACACAAAAAAAAAAAAGUUAAUGUAUAAAUUAUUCGAUGAGCUUCAUUCAAAAAGAUCUCCAAAAUUAGAAAUCCGAUAUUUAAAAAUGAGACACUUAAAAAAUAAAAAAACGAAAGAGCACCAAUCUAGUAAAUCGAGCUAAUACCAAAGAGGCCAUCCUUGUCGGAAGGAAGCAUAGAAGAAGAAGAAUGUGAAAGAUUUAAACCCUGUUUUGGUCAGUGUACUAAACGGCAAAAGUUGCAUCUACUCAAUUUCCAACUCAAACCAAAUCUUUUCAACCAAAUCUUUUCCCUUUUCCCUUUUUUUUUAAUUUUUUUUUUAAUUUUUUUCCCCCCAUACAAAUAAACACAGUAAAUUGCUUCUUUAGUAUAUUCAGACACGUUAUUCUUCUUCUUCUCUCUCCUUUUCAUAAUUAAACGUUAAAAACCUAAAUUUAAUUCGUAAAACCUAAGAGAAAAUUUUAGAAAUUAUUUGGUGAAAUGGGUAAAUGGGAUCGACGCUAUUAUGCUAGACCAAGGCGCCGUUAUUAUCAAGAUUAUCAAUGGUCUCCUCCCAGAGAUGAACCUUGCCCUGACCCUGAAACUGAGGUUUGGCAGGAUAAUGUGCCGAUGUGGGAAAAAAAGUUUUGUUAUAUGGUGGGACGGAUGCCAUGGAAGAAAGUAUUGAGUACGAAGAACUUUAUGAAUCUCCUUGGUAAUAGUAAUGUGCUUAGCUGGGAUGAUUCUGCUGGUGAGGAGGCUUUUAAUACUGCCAAAAGAUGCUUUUGGGAAGAUAUGAAUGGCCUUUCAUGUGAAAAUGAACUCCCUAAUCCAGAUAUGUACAUUGAUGAAAUAGAUUGGAACCCCUAUAUAGAUCCAGCUUUAAUUAGGGAGGCAGAUAAAGCAUACUUUAAUCCAGAUGAUAAAUAUUACUUACCUUCUUCUACUAGGUCACAAGAACAUAGUGGAUGGCCUGUUGAUGUCGAUGAUCGUUGUGAACAUGCUUAUGUACAGAGUUGCACAGAGAAAAAUAAAGGAUCUGGCUGGGGCCAGUGGGAUAAUUCUGGUAAUGGUGCUAGCACUUCGAAUAAAGAUGAUGAUCCUUGGGUGAGCCGUGACAUACAUGAUAAUGGAGCUGUCAAGGAUAAAGCUACUGGUUGGAAUCAGUGGGAUAACUCUGUUAGUCACACAAGCAAGUUGAAUACUGAUAAUGACCCUUGGGAAAACCAUUGUUCUCGGGGGAAUGAAGUUGUUACAAAUACUACUUGGGGAGGUGAAUGGAAUAAACCCCCGGGUUUACAACCAAAUACACACCCUGACAUGUCGAACAACUGGGGUGCCAAUGGUAAUUCAUGGAGAAAAGAAAGCUCUGGAUGGCAAGAUCGUGCAGCAAGUUCAUGGAGCAGGAAUCAAGAGACAGGAAAGGUAACCUAUUCCAGUUAUUGGAGUGACAGAAAUAGAGAGAGGCCUCAAGAAUACAGUUCUUAUCGGGGUAAUAGAAUGCAAAAUGGUAGGAGCAACCAGUGGGGGCAGAAACCAAGGGACAAGUAUAACUGGGGGCCAAAAGAUUCCAUAAAUAUCCAUCGAGGGCAAGGACAGUUAAAUGCAGGUUGCCGUAAAAGAGAAGGUCCUGAUUACUAUGUCGCAAACAACAAGGGCCCAAAGUUACAGGGGGAUGGCCAACCAUCUUAUCACUGGAAUGGAAGUAACAAUAAGAGGGGCAGUUUUGGAGGCUACUGAUCUUGAUUGGGCUUGUCUUAAUUUUGGGUGCAUUUCUAGUUCUUUUUGUAACUAGCUCAUUAUAUAAUAGUAGGUCGAUCGUAUAUAUCAGGUGCUGGUGAACUAGUCAUUGUAUCCAUGGAUGGAGUGAUGAUGGGGCUUUAACUGAGAUUGUGACACCCUUUUUAAAUGUGGUGUUUCUGUGAUCUUAUGUGCCAUCCACAUAUUUUGGCUUUUAGUUUAGAAGUUAUGUGGAGUAUGUAGUUUUAGAUGUGGUGUAUUAGCAUCUCUGUGAUUUUAUAUCAAGGGCUUCCUCAUUGCAACCAAACUGUACAAAUUAUCAGGAGAUUUUUGAAAAUAUUUUGGGUUAUUGCUUUUCAUCCCUUCGCCAAUGAAUUUCGGAUUGUUGGUCAA